AUGGUCGGUCGAUUAAAAAUGUGGAUUGCAUGGUCGUGGUCAUAUCUUUGGACAUUUUGGUUCUUAUUAGUUAUCGCCCUUGUAUAUAUUUUACGAGGUCCUUUACGUAUCGCUGAAUCUCUUGAAAAUGCUUCAACUUAUUUUAAUAAUCUCACACCAAAGUUUUAUGUGGCAUUAACUGGAACAUCAAGCCUUGUCUCUGGGAUUAUAUUAAUUUUUGAAUGGUGGUAUUUUAAAAAUAAUUCUGGCGAUAAUGGAUCCAACAGUGAAGAUGGCAGCGAUGAUGAUGGUGUUGAUCAAAGAAGUCGUUCUGUGCCAGAAUGCAAAGUAUGGCGGAAUCCUUUGGCACUUUUUCGUGGUGCAGAAUAUCAAAGAUAUACAAAAAUGACGGGCAAGGAACCGCUAACAUUUUAUGAUAUGAAUUUAUCAGCACAAGAUCAUCAGAACUUUUUCACAUGUGAAGCAGAUGCUGGUAAACAAGAUUAUGAGAUUAUGCAGAUUGCUUGGCGAGAACGAGAUAGCUAUUCUCGUAUAAAUGCUGCAUAUAAAGCAUUAGAUAUUAAUCAAGAAUGCGUGCCAGCUUUGAUUCUUUUGGCUGAAGAAGAAUGUGAGACUAUUCUUGAGGUUGAGCAGAUGUUAAAAAAGGCGUUGAAAGCUGCCGAAGUAAUUUAUAAAAAAAAUCAAUCUCAUAUUCAUUAUGAUUUAGCCAAUGACCCCGUUCAUAGGCGUGAUGUAAAUUUGGUGGUUUAUAUUAGGAGAAGAUUGGCGAUGUGUGCAAGACGUCAAGGGAAUUUACGUGAAGCAGCGAAAAUGAUGCGUGAUCUCAUCAAAGAUUUUCCUUCAUUGAAUGUAAUGAAUAUUCACGAAAAUCUUAUUGAAAUUUUGCUGGAACAACAAGCAUAUGCUGAUGCCACUGCAGUGUUAGCCAAAUAUGAUGGUAAUAUAAGUUUGCCCAAAUCAGCAACAAUAUGUUUCACGUCGGCUCUGUUAAAAGUGCGAAUUGUCGCAGACAAAUUCGCACCUGAUUUUGUUAUGCGCCGAGGAUUUAGUGCGGCUGAAUUAAAUGCUGUAGAUGCGAUACAUCGUGCUGUUGAGUUUAAUCCUCAUGUGCCGAAAUAUUUGCUCGAAAUGAAACCAUUAAUUUUGCCACCUGAGCAUUUAUUAAAACGUGGCGAUUCUGAAGCUAUAGCUUAUGCCUUUUGGCAUUUGCAACAUUGGAAACGCAUCGAGGGUGCUCUUUCUAUACUGCAGUGCACAUGGGAAGGAACGUUUCAAAUGAUUCCAAGUCCUUUGGAAAAAGGAAAUCUUUUCUAUCCAUAUCCAACUUGUACUGAAGCAGCUGAUCGUGAGCUUUUGCCAGCUUGGCACGAUGUAUCGGUCUAUCCAAAGCGUGAUUUACCUUUUUUCACAGUUUUUACAGUUGUAUUAUGUCUUUUAACGGCAUUGAUGGCGAUUUUUACUCAUCGACUUCCAAAGGAAUUGAUUCACCCAUUUUCAUCUGUUGGCAGUAUAUUCUAUGCAGUCAUAGAUUGCCUCUAUAAUCUGAUUCCAGAAAAUGCAGUAAAUCUUCUUGCGUCAAAGCCUAUCACACCACCACAAAAUGAUGCAGCCAGCUAA